AAGGCUGUUUAAAAAGCAAAUGGAGUUUUCCAAGGGGACCAGCGUGCAGGUAGAGUGCACACGCUGGAUGUUAAAUUCAUCCUUAAGCUGUUUACACUCAUACUCAGCGGCGGUGCGAGGGCAGCUCUGACUUUUCAAGGGAUUUGAAUUGCAGCUUGAAGCGCACAAUGUUUUUCCUCCUGACGAUUCUCUUCUUGAUCAGUUCAGCCGCUAACUGUCACCAUUAUCACAGCAGUGAUUCAGACAGUGAUGAGGUAAGAAUGAAUUCUCGUCACCAUAGCAGUGAGUCUGACAGUGAUGAGAGUGGCGAUCAUUAUCAGCUCAAGCCUCUUCCUCCCUGGCCUUCCUUCCCUUUCUGGCCUCUGUUCCCUGGUCUGUGGCCACAGCCCCCACCUGCUCCCGUCCCACCUCCCCCUCCACCCCCAACAACAACAACAACAACAGCAACAACAACAACAACAACAACAACACGCCCAACCACAACCACACGCCCGCAGACCACCACGACCGCAGUCGUCUCCACCACCGAGAGUCGGGGAGACAACGGGUGAACUGUGCCGAUCAGGAAGAGCCGCGAGAACAGAAAGGGUUCCAGGAUAUCGAAACAUAUGCUUCGUCAGUUUUGCAUUUACAAGUUAGGAUUUAGAUUUCGAAGACAUGUUUGAACCAGAUUUUAUUGACCUUUACAAAUAUAUAUAUAUAUAUAUAUAUAUAAAUGGCAUGUUUUUACAUUUCAGUAUUGGUUCGGCAUCCUUUCCACACGCUUAUGAUCUGUUAUCUGAUUAUAUUUACUUUUCAGAUCAUUUUAAUCAGCACAAGGUCUUAUAUCAUCCCAUAUCGCUCCAUAUGACAAUGCAACGAAUGUAGUGAUAUAUUGUGAUUCGGUAGUUAUAUAUAUAUAAAUUAGAGACAGAUAUUUAGUCAAGGUGUAAUUAUGAGUUUUGUGGGAGUGGACUGUGGGCGGAUGCUGACGACAUGCCGCUGUAAUAUGCAUCCAGAGGGCGCACACACCACCAUCCUGGGAUCAAGACAGCUCAAGAAGGGGAUGAGUGUUGAGCCGAUAAUACCCAACUCUCAGCUUCAUCACUGAAGUCUCCCAGACUGGGUUUUUCAUCCAGAGUCAGCUUCUUGACCUAUAGUUUUCAUUCACCUCACUGCACUGUCGGGCUCUUUGCUGCAUUCACGCACCGCUGCAUUCACAGACUCACUGAAAGACGCCUCUUUCUUAAUAUACAACUGAAUCACAGUUAUUGCACGUGUUAAUUUUUGUUUUUUGCACAACGGCUCAUUAUGAAUGUAAUUUUAUUCCGAAGUUUGUUUGUCAAUGUCUUUGCUGCUGUAAAUCAAACAUGAAUAAAUAUAUUGUAUAUUCAUA